GACGCGACGAAAAGAUAAUUGAGUGCUUGGCAACGGACAGCAAAGUGUAACGGUAAAGGAGAGCUAGCCUAGCCGCCUGUGACGUAUGCCUACCGAUAAAUUCAUAUUCAUACUUUUUAAGCACAUUUCUGUUUUAUGUUACCGUGAAAUUCAUUAAAACAAUGCCCCAUAGAUUGUCUCAAUCAAUUUCAAAUUUGCCAGACUCCAAGCACUGAUCAUGAGCAACUUCAACAUAACAAACCCUAAUGCCAACCGGUCAGCGAUCUCCCUUGGAGGCGAGUUUACAAAUCGUGAUCGACAUGCCGCAAAUAAGUACAAGAUCGGCAGUCUUGCCAGCAUCCAAAGAAGCAAAGAGAAAGUAAGACCAAAGUCACAGCCAAAUACUGCUGAUCAAACUGAACAUGUUUCAUUCUAUGAGCCACCUCAAAGUGCGCCCUUGGUUGGUAAGGGACGAUGCCAACGUUUCUAUGAAGUUGAGAAGCCAAAAAGUGCUAGGAAGGCUCUUGAAAACCACCUCCCACUCAAGAAAAAUAAAGGUCUCUCAUCAGGCAGUUCAGAUCCAUCACAGGAAUAUGCCUUAGGCCCUGGAAUGAAACUUUCAAGAAGCCGUAGCAAAAUGGCGGUAACGAUUGACACCGGACUUAUGGAGCUUCCCAAGACACACCGGAAAACCAAUGAGAGAUUCUGUGUAGGUGUUUUACCUCAUUCACAACCUUCUUUCUUCUCUGCACCCAGUACUCCAUACCAGGAUCCGGAAAGAGCUAAGCGGGAUUCUUUGAUUUUUCAACUACAGAACCAGGUCACUGACCUUACUCUGUAUCUAGAGGAGGAACGCAUGAAUCAUAAAAAUACAAGAGAAAAGGCUGCUGCAAAUUUAAAAUUAAAACUUAAACACCUGGAAGAAAGGUAUAAGGAAGAGAUUGAUGUACUGGUGAGUGACCAUAGGGAGGAGUUAGGUUUGGUGAAACAGCUGCAAAAGAAGGAGUUAGAGCAUCAGAAAAAUGCUAGUGAUUCAGCUUACUCACGUUUAAAAGGUGAAAUGGAGUUUCUGCAAGGAGCUUUUGAGGCCUACAAGACAACUUUAGCUCAAGAUAUGGAAGAAAAAUGGAAGAAGAGAGAAGGAGAUUUGAAGAUACUCUUUCAAGAGGAAAUGGAUAAACAAUUACAUGAACUAAAAUCGCAGCUAAUUGAAGAAAAGCUGCGAGAAAAAAAUAUUAUGACUCGAGAAUUCCACCGUCAAUUGCAAUUGUCAUCUACGGAUCAUAAGAAAGAAAUUGACAGCAUGUUGAAGAAGUUCUUAAGUACGUCUGACGAUGUGCAGAACUUAAAGAAAGCUCUUGAACACUUGAAGUCUGUGCAAGGAGAGCUUGACGAAACCAUCGGAAAUCUAGCUGUCACCAAAUCCCAAUUAGCUGAAACCAAGUCCGAGCUAACCGAUACGAAGAGACGCUUGAUUGGAUUUGAGGAGAACUUCCAAGAGAAAGUAGAUGAAGUUGAUGAUAAAUACAAGCAACGUAUUAAUAACCUUAUGACAGAGAACACUGAGUUAAGGAAGCGGUACAUGCAGAAAUGCGAUCAACUAUUUGAUGAGAAGUCACAGAGUGAAGUAAAGAGAAUUGAAAAGCUAAGUAGCACCAAAGAAAUCAUGCAGAUGCUUGUCCACGUCAAAAAUAGAUCCAACGUAAGUAUUACGUGUUCUGAUCCCAACACAGACAACAUCCCGAAACUUCCUUUCACACGACCCUCAAGUGCUCCAAUUACUAAACGUGAGGAACGAAAAGCUAUCCGGUCUGCCGGAGAAACAGCAUAUCUCACAGGAGAAGAAGAUCAGGGAUACACUCCUCUUGAUAGGCGGCCCAGGACUACGCAUUUGACAAGCCGAGCUAAGUCGUCUUUAGACUGCCAAAAUGAUUACAGCACAACGCAUUUACUCCCUCUUUGAUUUCAUGAUUUAAAUUACAUAUUUUACCAACACUUCCAGCCUAUAGAAAUUACCAUGGUGCAAAUUUUUAUCAGAAACAUUGUAUGAUGAUCUUCCUGUACUAAGAGUAUCUUAAGAUAAGGUACAUAACAAUACAUUAUAAUCAUAUAUUGUAUGAUUAAAAUAUGUUUAUGUACAUUGUACAUUAUAAUUGUAUAAUAUAUGAUUAUAAUAUAUUAUUAUAUUCAUUAUAAUACAUUAUAAUCGUAUACUAUAUGUAUACCAGGGUUAUUUAUAUUUUUAUUAAUUUUUUUUUUCUAAUUUUCUGUCUAAAAAUUUCAUAAACUGUGCUUAUGGGUCAUUACGAUUUGAGAGAAAUUUUGUGUAUUUAUUCUAUUCUAUUUAUUUCUUAUUUAUACUGAGAACAUCCGGUUAGGGUCACAGGGGUAAAAAACUUUGGGGGUCAUGGGGUGGCAGAGAUUUUUGAUAUAAAACAGUAAAAAUUGUGUUUUUAGACCACAAUAUUAAGAACUGCAAUCACAAUUAACAAAUUAAUAUUUUUAGUGCAACAUUCAUAAUUGGCAUCUGAAGACGGGUGAUCCAUUCUUGGCUGAUAGGGGGAAAUUCCCCAACCCCCCUGACGUCACCUUUGAACCCAGGGUUCCGGUAUCGGAUCUCCAGAUUACUAUUUAUUCUUGCUUUUUUUUUUUUACUUUUUUUUAUACCUUGUUUCUUAUAACUUAUUUUUUUCAGAGGAGGGCGGAGGGAAAAAAAUAUAAAUAGUUUUUUUAUUUAGCAAAUAGUUUUGAGAAAAUGAAAAUAAAAUUUUAUUGGUGAAUGUAAACAGCGUAGUAAUGGAAUGGUUAAAUUCUUUAAAAUUAUAUAAUUAGGAAGAAAUAUACAUAUAUUAUUUUUGGACAUUUCAAGGCAGCGAUGGGCAUAACAAAAAUAAAGAAAAGCUUUUAUUUAUUUUUUUUUAUUUCCCAAUUUUUUGUGGCGUUAAUUGGCCAAAAAUUUUAUUUUAUUUUACUCAAAAUCAUUAUUAUUGGUGGGCGGCAGGCUCGCUAAGCAAGGUAUUAAAAAAUUUUCGCCUAACAAGUAUACUUGAACAAUUUCCGGUAUAGAAGAGCUCCUUUUCACAUAGAACAUGCCAUUUUCUGUGUAUAAAAUGUUAGUAAGUCUGAAUGGUUGCGUACGGUUCUUCCAGUAGAACGAUCCAAUGUUUAAUUCCUGCCCUUGUACAGGCAACUUUAAUUCAUUUGUUUAGAUGUGAUAUUCAUCUGGAGUUCUUCUAAGAAUAUAACAUUAUGGAUUUUUGUAUGAUUUCAAUGUGUAAAUAGUAAUUAAAUAUAUAUUUUACAAAGUUUUUUUUUUUAAUGUGAGAUGCUAAAUCCAGAAUUAUUUAUUGUUUUUCAAUUAAUGUGAAUAUGUAUUCUGUACUAUUUAACAUAUGGUGCAAUGUGGUAUUGCUAGUGAUUAAAUACAAUUUCAAAAAUAAUGUCAUUAAA